CAGACCAGAAUUCAUAUCCAUUGGUCAGGGGCAAAUACCAAGAGCUCUGCAUCCACAGCCAUUUCGUGCUACUUCAUCAACUCGGAGCCAAAGAAAACUUGGAAGAUGAAAAUGCUAGCAAGAAGUGUCCUGGUACUUGUCAUCUUUGAUGCUGCAUUGACUGCCCCGACUACAGAGCUCUUUAACUAUGACUCAGAAGUCUACGAUGCCAUUUUGGAAGAUGUGGAACCCUUUUAUAACUAUGAACAGAUACCUAUCAACCAAGUACAGACUGAAAAAGUGACAGAGAGGCUUUCUGGGAGCAGAGUACUCCUAACCCCAGGCCCAGAGCUAGAAGACACACAGGAUGAGGACAAGGAUGAAGAAUCCACUCCCCGGCUGAUAGAUGGAUCUUCCCCACAGGAGCCAGAAUUCCCAGGACUUCUAGGCCCACACACCAAUGAAGACUUUCCAACCUGCCUUCUGUGUACUUGCAUAAGUACCACUGUAUACUGUGAUGACCAUGAACUUGAUGCCAUUCCUCCACUCCCUAAGAAGACUGCAUACUUCUAUUCGCGCUUCAACAGAAUUAAGAAGAUCAACCAAAAUGACUUUGCAAGCCUAAGUGACUUAAAAAGGAUUGAUCUGACAUCAAAUUUAAUUUCGGAGAUUGAUGAAGAUGCAUUCCGCAAGCUGCCCCAUCUCCAAGAGCUUGUCCUACGUGACAAUAAAAUAAAGCAGCUUCCAGAGCUUCCGGCCACUUUGACAUUUAUCGAUAUCAGCAACAAUAGACUAGGAAGGAAAGGGAUUAAGCAAGAAGCAUUUAAAGACAUGUAUGAUCUCCACCAUCUCUAUAUCACGGAUAACAGCUUGGACCACAUCCCUCUGCCACUUCCAGAAAGUCUACAGGCUCUUCACCUUCAGAAUAACAACAUUCUAGAAAUGCAUGAGGAUACUUUCUGCAAUGUUAAAAAUUUAACCUAUGUUCGUAAGGCAUUAGAGGACAUUCGACUGGAUGGAAACCCUAUCAAUCUCAGCAAAACUCCUCAAGCGUACAUGUGUCUACCUCGUUUGCCCAUUGGAAGUUUUGUCUAG